CCUCAUCUUCUCUUCUCUCUGCACCCUCCUCAUCAUCGUGUGCUCUACUACUAUUCCAGGAGGACAAAGACGACGAUGAUGGUGAUGAUCAGAGACGAAGAAGAAGAAGAAGAGUUUCAAGUCUGGAAGCCCUAGACCAACCGUACACUUUCACGGAUAUUGGUUUUAGACCUAACUCUGAGAUCGAGAUGGUGAAGAAGCGAGUCCCCGAUUGGCUCAACAGCUCUCUCUGGUCCACCACUCCUCCUCCUCCUCCUUCUCAUCCACCGCCUCUCGACUCCGAUGACGCCGCCAAAUCUACCUCCGUCGCUGCUUCGCCUUCGUCAUCCAAAUCUGCUGCGGCGGAGUCUAAGGUACGGGCGCCGGUGCCCGUGCCGCCUCCGUCUGCUGUGAGACCGGAGCCUCCGAAGGUGGAAAUCAGGGAUCCGUUGACGGAUCAUAGUGAUAAUGGCAGCACUGGGAGUCCUUCGGCUGAGGACUUUUCUCGCCAAGCUCAGCUUUUACAAGAGCUUUCAAGGAAGGUUGUAAACAUGGGUGAAUUACGGAGACUUGCAUCACAGGGUGUGCCAGAUGGUGCUGGCAUUCGUUCUACCGUGUGGAAGCUGUUAUUGGGGUAUUUGCCGACUGAUCGAGGGUUUUGGUCAUCAGAAUUAGCUAAGAAGAGGAUUCAAUACAAGCAAUUUAAAGAUGAGCUUCUUAUGAAUCCUUCAGAAAUCGCAAGGAGGUUGGAAGACACCACAAGCUGUGAAAAUGAGGAAUCAAACUGUGAAACCGGUGGUGUACUCCCAAGAUCAGAGAUAACUCAUGGAGAGCACCCUUUGAGUCUUGGGAAGACUAGCAUAUGGAAUCAGUUCUUCCAGGACACAGAGAUCAUAGAGCAAAUUGACCGAGAUGUAAAGCGUACUCACCCAGACAUGAACUUUUUCUCAGGGGACACACAGUUUGCAAAAUCCAAUCAGGAUGCUCUGAGGAACAUAUUAAUUAUAUUUGCCAAGUUGAAUCCGGGUAUAAGAUAUGUGCAAGGGAUGAAUGAAAUUCUGGCACCUUUAUUCUAUGUGUUUAGAAAUGACCCUAAUGAGGAAUAUGCGGCCUUUGCUGAAGCAGACACAUUCUUUUGUUUUGUUGAGUUAUUAAGUGGAUUCCGAGAUCAUUUCUGUCAGCAACUUGAUAAUAGUGUUGUUGGAAUCCGUUCCACAAUUACAAAGUUGUCAAGGCUUUUAAAGGAACAUGAUGAAGAGCUAUGGCGUCAUCUUGAGGUCACAACCAAAGUCAAUCCUCAGUUUUAUGCGUUCAGGUGGAUUACUCUUCUCUUGACCCAAGAAUUCAAUUUCGCAGACAGCCUUCUUAUUUGGGAUACACUUUUAAGCGACCCUGAAGGUCCUCUUGAAACUCUGCUUCGAGUAUGCUGUGCCAUGUUGAUUCUUAUCCGGAGGCGUUUACUUGCUGGAGACUUCACGUCGAAUCUCAAGUUACUCCAACAUUAUCCACCAACCAACAUCAGCCACCUGCUCUAUGUUGCCAACAAGUUGCGCUCACCGUCGGCUCACUAGUUUUCUUUUUUCUUCUCUUUUUAGGCAAUUUACCACCAUGUAUGUUUUUUUGCAGUUGUUUUUCAUUUCCCUUGUUCUUGUGUCAGAAUUUGCUUGUACAAUUUUACUGGAAUGUAAAUGUCAGUUAAAGUAACAGCUAACAAAUAUGUUUGGAUCUUGAUUUUGUGGAGGAAUUUGCAGAACUGAAAAAUGGGAGGGGAAAGUGAAAAAAAUAGCUUUUAUUUCAUUGACUUUUCUCCUUUCAUUAUCUUUCCCCUCUACAAAUUGCUACACAAAUCUAGGAUCCAAACACAAUCUUAGUUUUCCUUUGAUUUUGUUAAUUGGUAUAUUUAUGGAACAGGCACACCUAUUCUUUGAUAGUAGCCUGAGAUGAGGUGGUUGUAGGAAUUGUGCUUCUGUAAUAAAUAGACUUCCAGCUAUUUUUCAGUUUA